AUGAAGCUGCAAAUGUGUAAAUCAAGGAGACGCAUGAAAGAGGCGGUCUCGGCUGCCUCGCACCCCGCCGGCGAGAUCGUCGUUGAUGAGUCGGAGACCGAGCUCGUUAACGGUGAAUUAACAAAGGAAACGCCAGCUCGUAGUGCCGAAUUGUCAACUGGUAAUAGUCCUUUCUCUUCCGGCGAUCCAAGCGUCCACGCAGAGGUCAUCGCCGCUGACAGCAAGGAGAAUGAUGCACCUGAGCUUAACGGCGACGAUCACGAGGUAAAUCAUGACUCCGAAUAUGCUGACAAUGGUGUGCAGGCUAUAGAAGCGUACGAUGGAGGAGAAUCCUAUCUCGAUGGUGUCGGUGUUGCCUCGAUUGACGAUCGCCGAAGCUUUACGCAAGACUUUUCGCAGAUGCAGGAUUACUGCAACGAGCGUCUGUACGAGUUAAUGACGAAUCAAGAAGUUGCGCUCAAAUGUGUACGUGAAAUCGUUCCAUCCCUUGCACAGAGCUGCUUGGUGGCAAGCACGGAAUGUCAAUCUUGCCAGCCCAUUGUUAGCGGCUGCUUGGGCCUCGGCGACUCAUCUAGCGUAACGGAAAUGGAAAACAAUGAGUUCCGCGUUGUUGAGGAUCACGGAUCGCUUGAUGCUCCGACGAUUCCGACAGGCAUCUGGGUUGUUGACACGAUAAACCAAGCACUCGACAAGUGGAGCGAUUCGGAACAUUUGGGCGCUAUGGGCAGCCUCUUCAAAUUGCUGAACCUUAGUGCGUUGCUGACGUAUCUCGGCGACACAUCCGGUGACCGCGUAGUGGCACUUCUCACUCGUACGAGUUCUGUGAUCACUAGGGGACCUGAGGCCUGGAGGGAGAUUUUGAGGUGUAUCACAACUGAAAGUAUCAGUGAGCCCAAAUCAAUGCCAGUUGUGCCGAAUGCGUCCUUCGUUUCUAGGUGCGAGGCCAAUCUUGACGAUGUGCCGGAUAUGGACCAGCUCGCGGAUGGACCUUUCAAGGCCUACUGGACGUACACGGAGAGGUGGAUGCGUAUGCAUUUUAGUCCUUCCGUAGGUGCGCCAAGAGAUUUUACCGAUCAGGCGCGUGAAUGGUUCAACUCACUGGAUACCUCGGCUCAAGAAUUGUUCACCCGUUUGUCGAGGACUCUCUGUUGCAGAGCUCCAUGA